AUGCAGGAAAUAUUAUUAGAUGAAGAGCUUCCAGAAAAUUUGCCAUUCUAUCCAGGACAAAUUAUUGGUACAGGAGCAUUUUCUGUGUGUUCUAGAGUUAGACUUUGUCGAGACCUUCACUCUAAAGAUAUUUUUGCAGUUAAAUUUAUACAUAAAAAUUUAGCUAUUAUAAAUGCAGUCACAAAAAAACAAAUUGCAUGUGAAGUUGCUCUUCAUAAACUUUGUACUUGUCAUCAUAAUAUUCUUCAAUUUAUUGCAUCUAACGAAAAUUCUAACUGGAGAUGGAUUGCUUUGGAAUAUGCAUAUGGAGGAGAUCUUUUUGAUAAAAUAGAACCAGAUUUAGGCGUAGACCCAGAAAUCGCACAUUACUUUUUCAGUCAGUUAAUUUCUGGUGUGAAACAUUUACAUUCGAAAGGCGUUGCCCAUAGAGGUAUACAUUAUUUCCUCUUUAGUUCAAAAGUAACAUAUCUGCAAGAUAUUAAACCAGAGAACAUAUUGCUUGAUGGAGAUGGAAAUCUUAAAAUAUCAGACUUCGGAUUAGCAUCACUAUUCAGAUAUAAUAACCAAACAAGAAAACUUUCUACAACAUGUGGAAGUCCUCCAUAUAUUGCGCCUGAAAUUACAGGUGAAUAUGAUGGAGAAGCAGUAGAUACAUGGUCUUGUGGGAUUGUUUUGUAUACAUUAUUUUUUGGAAAUACUCCAUGGUCAGAACCAACUAACUUUGAUUCUAAUUUUUGCUUAUUUCAAAAACACAAAAAUCAAUUAUAUCUCUAUGAACCUUGGAAUCAAUUAGAUUCAUCAGCAUUGUCACUUCUUCAGGGGCUAUUAACUAUCAAUCCAUCUGAACGUAUGACUCUUAAAAAAGCAUCAAAUCAUCCUUGGGUAAAUAGAAAAAAUUACUUUUUAGGGGAAAAUGGUCUUUGCUGUAAUCCUUUAGUACUUGGAAAUAGACUUAUGAAAAAGUUACAAGUUAAAGGCAGUCAACAAACGCUUUCUUUGGAAACAAUUACAGAAAACAAUAGUACAGAAAACAAUAAUACACCUCCUUUAAUGCAUAAUCAAACAAAAAAUGGAUUUAGUAUAAGUGCUCCUAUUUCUUCGUCUCAGCCUAUUAGAUUUCCAAGUCAAUUUAAAUCUAAUAGUCUUUCUGAUAUUAUUUCUGAAGAUCCUUCGUUGAGUCAAUUCUCACCAUCUACCCAGUUUUUAGAAUCCUUGACUCAACGUGCCCAACGCUUCCAUGAUAUAUGCCCACCUGAGCGUCUCACUAGGUUUUAUUCAACAACGUCAAAUUCUAUUCUUAUUUCUAUACUUCAAAAAGCAUUAGCAAAAUAUUCCAUUAUAAUUCCAGAUACUCUAUUUUUAUCAACAUUAGAUAUAUCUAUUCCAAUUAUAUGUACAGAUAAAAGAAAAUGCCCUCUUCAAGGACAAAUAAAUAUACAUAAAUUAGGAAAAAAUGAUUUAUUUAUAAUUGAUUUUGUGAAAAAUAAAGGUGAUCCUCUUGAAUGGAGAAGAUUUUUUAAAAGCAUUGCUUCUGAAUGUAUGGGUAUAAUAUAUACAGGAUAA